GCAGCUGGUACAGUGGAUGGUUUGUUGUUGGGCUACCAUAAACAAUCCAAAUGCACUUUAAAAAUUAUUAUUCGACCUUAAGAAUUUGGACACCGUCCAGGUAUUAUUGUCAUGUGCUGCAGGGACUCGUAAAACAGUGACGUUUGACGGGUGAAAGUUAAGGAGAUAAGAGGGAACAGGAGGUGUGUAGUGAAACUCAUACUCACUGUUGUGUGCAGAAGGAUUGACAGUGUGUCAAGUGGACGGCAAAAGCAUCAUUCAGAGAUGAGUUUGAGUGAUAUUCUGUCAGAGAUCGACGGUGGAGAUGACAAGAAGGUUGAAAAACUUUUGCUGAAGUAUAACACUGAGAACAGUCGCACGUUUGCUUUUGACCUCAAGGAGGAGGAUGCACGAAUUAAAUUAUGUCGGGGUCUUCUUACAGUCCUCCGUCGUUCAGAUCUUCCACUUUGCCAAAGCACCUGCCUGGAGACCAUGCGCAUCUUGUCCAGAGACAAGCAUGUGCUUGGACCCGUAGCCACCAAAGAAGGAAUGCUCACUUUAGCAGGACUGGCCCGGAUCUGUGUGGCGGGCCAUGAAGGAGAGCCAUUAGAGGAGGCACAGUCAGCAGAAGAGGAGAGGGUUGUGGUGGAGGCCCUUAAGUGCCUGUGCAACGUAGUGUUCAAUAGCGUGCCGGCACAGCAGAUGGGAGUUGACUUGCACUUAGCUGAAGGCCUGUGUGCCCGCUUGCAUUUGGUCAGCACGUCCCAUCAUGAAGUGGGCUUGUUUUCCCUCCGGCUGCUGUUUCUGCUUUCGGCUCUGCGGACGGAUGUGCGCUCCACGCUUCAGAAGGAGGCAGGCGCGGUGAGACUGCUAACUAAUGUGUUGGAACGCACUCUAGAUGUUCGUUGGGUGGGGCCAUAUGAGGCUGCACCUCCUGAUCCAGAAGCCCCACCCAUUCCACCUGAAAAUAACGAGCAUACCAUGGAAGCCCUCAAAGCCCUGUUCAACCUCACCAUGUCUGAUUCCAGUGAUGAGGACAAUCUCCACAAGCUUCGGCUGAUUGCAGGCAUCACGAGACAUCUCCUAAUGCUGAAAACACACACUGAAGAAAAAACUGAGGAGACUCACAGUCAUGCAAUAAAUCUCUUGAGUAACCUUCCCGUUCAGUGCCUGGAUGUCCUGAUAGACGUCCCUGUCCAAGGUGGCCUGGAAAAGUACAGAGGGAAAAACAUGGACACGGUGCAGAUUCUGCUAGAUUUUAUGAUAAAGAGGAUAGACAAGGGGUUCAACUAUAAAGAAGGCUUGACCCCUGUGCUGAGUCUGUUGACGGAGAGCUCUAGAUACCACAGGGAGAUCCGCAGAUACAUCAAGGCCCAGAUCUUGCCUCCUUUGAAGGAUGUGAAGGAAAGGCCAGAAAUUGGAGACACCAUUCGAAACAAACUGGUGCGUCUUAUGACUCAUAUAGACAUGGCAGUGAAACAAGGGGCUGCUGAGUUCCUGUUUGUGCUCUGCAAGGAGAGCGUGGAUAAUCUGCUGAAGUACACUGGAUAUGGCAAUGCUGCUGGGCUGUUGAUGGCACGAGGGUUGCUGGCCGGAGGUAGAGGAGAGACGCAGUACUCAUCUGAUGAAGACUCCGACACUGAGGAGUACAAGUCCGUCAAACCAUUCAUUAACCCCAUUACAGGUCACAUAGAGCAGCCAUUGCCAAAUCCUCUAGAUGAGAUGACCGAGGAGCAAAAGGAGUAUGAAGCUCAGAGGCUUGUCAGUAUGAUUGACGAAUUAUCAAGGAAGGAGCUGAUCAGACCAAUGGGAGUGAGGAAAGACGGGACUCUUGCGCCUUUAGGACAGGCCAUUCACGACUGCAGUCUAGCCAGCAGCGCCUCCGACUCUGACUAGCACAUCACACACACACACACACACACACACUGACCAGUGCUCGUCUUUCUCACUGAGAUGCGAAGAAUGAGCUGCCGUUGAGCAAACGAGUUUCAGCAGAUGGAAAUGAGGAAGGUGAUGCUCAACGUGUGUGUUUUUGGCACUCUGUGAUGGAGGAAGAGCGCUUGGUUUUCACUAAUGAAGUAUAAAGGCUUCCUGAUACUUAAUCAAUAUAUAAAAGCUGGUUCCAUUUGUAUUUGAAGAGUUUUUGACUGCUGCUGCUGCUGGUUAUCAGAUCGAAGAAAACUGUUUCAUGACGUUUCGAAAUACUUGAAUGGCUUUUGAAAUGUUAUAUGCCGAUUAAAGCCAUGUGAUCUUAUUAUUUUACAUGGUAGAAAUGUUUGUCGCGCACAGAAAGUGCACCGACUCCGUCUGCCACUUCUGCCUGGGGUUUCACACAAAUGAAUCUGUCUUUUCUAAUAUUCUAUAUUAUUUGUAGCUGCAUAGUUUUCUAUGUACUGUUAUUAUUCUUAGUUUUCCUCUGAAUGUUAUUGGAAGUGUAUCUUUUGUUUCUUUUUUCUAAGGAAUGUUCAGUUUUGUACACACGAUGACGCAUGUAAUACAUUCUGAUUUUCUAAAUAUUGCUGAUCUUUGAUUUGUAAAUUUCCCCAAUAUUCAACAUCUAGAUCUACUGUAAUGCUUCGCGUUGAAUAAAGGGGAUUUGUUUUAUAAAAGAUUCCUUUAAUUUCCUCAACUUCAGAAUUUUCUUUUCUUUUCAGACAAUCAUUUGC